GUUUAGAUGUCUUCAGAUGAAGAGGCGAGUGUCCCAGUGUUGCCUAAGGACUCAACAUAUCGUAGCAACUCUGCCUCCUCUGAGCUUCAGGAUGAAUAUGAGGAGCUCCUCCAAAGUGCCGUGGCUUCGCCAAGACUUGAUGCCGUCUCUGGUGCUCGCCUGGUGGGGAGGGGGGCCUCACAUUUGUCUGCAGAGGGUCACAGUUCACAGAGGCAUUCGCAACAAGUCGCAGAGAAGACCGUGCAUACUACUAGCAAAGGUUUGGGGAGCUCAGACAGAUUACAUGAUGCAUCUAAUAUGGCACGUCCAAACACCCAAGGCUUCACUGAGUACACUGAAGUGGAGCUUUUCAUCUCGGAGGAAAACAUUAGCAAGAUGGAAAACAUUCUGGAUACAUGGACCCAAAAAUUGAAGACCAAUGUGCUGAGGGAGCUGAGGAAGUGGAGGGUGGCCUUCAUAGAUCAACACAGGCGAGAGUUGCAGAAGGAGCGGGAGAUUCAUUUAGCCAAGAAUGAGUCCUUGAAGUCGGAGCUCGACAGCCUGAAGGAGCUACUACACACUUAUGAGAUUUCCAACAGGAGAAAGGAUCAGAUGAAUACAAAUCUGAGUGUGGUGUUGGACAGACAAAAACAGAAGCUUGAAAAGAUGAGGGCCUUCACCCAAUGGAGACUUCAAUACAUCGAGGCUAAAGAGGAGGCUCACGCGUACCGGGUAGCACAGCAACACUACAACUUGCAUCUGAAGAGGAAGGUGUGGUUAGCAUGGCACUCAAUCACCAAGAGGGAGUGGAAGGUCAGGAUGGAGCAGGCAUGCCGCACAAGAGCUGAGGAGGUGUGCACCCGCCUGUCGGAAAAUUACCAGGCACAGAUUCAGACGAUGACUGCAGAACACGGCGAGGCCCUCGAGAAGGCGGAGGCCGAGAUUGAGAGACUGCAACUCGAGCAAGAACGGCGAGAAGUGUGUAUGAGGAAAGCCUUGAUGAGGGGUGUGUGCGCCCUCAACAUGGAGACUCUCCACUUGUUUAAAACCGCAGACGGCGGACCCCAAGACCUUGAUGACUUCGACCCCAAUUCACCUCCCGAUGAUGAUGAUCCUGACGCUGAUGUGUCGGCUCAGGUCCAGCCACGUCCCCCCCGAAGCCCGGCCCAAUUCGAUCGCCCAAUGUCUCCUCCUACUUUCCAUGAAGAUUCUUUUCCUCAGAUGGGCUUUGGUGCACCAAGGCACACUGAAUUCCCCCCUCCCACUUCAACUGCGCUCACUGCAGCCGGGCACACUGCAGCCAGGCACACUGCAGCCGGCGGGCACGCUGCUGUCGGACGGCACCCUGCGGCCGGUGGGCACGCUGCAGCCGGUGAGCACACUGCCGCCAGCCGGCACACUGACGCUGCAGCCGGCGGGCACGCUGCAGCCGGCGGGCACGCCGCAACGGGCGGGCACACCGCAGCCAGCCGGCACACGGACGCCGCAGCCGGCGGGCACGCUGCAGCCGGCGGGCACACAGCAAUCAGUGGGCACAUUGCAGCCGGUGGGCACACUGCAGCUGGUGGCCACGCUGUAACCAGUGGGCACAGUACAGCCAGCGGGCACGCUAAAGCAGGGCAAGUUGCAGCCGGUGGGCAGGCUCCAGCCGGCGGGCACCCUGCAGCUGUACACAGCUCAUUCUCACACGAGGCACGACCUGGCUUUCACAAACAGGCCACUGGGGGAGUGGCGACAGCGAGCCAACAAAAACCUACAAAAAGUUCAGCAGCUCGCAGCUCCACCCAACAUGUUGGUCAAAGUAUACGCAGCAACCUCGAGGGGAUGAGUGUGGCUCCACCUAUGAGCUCCACUGCUGUAGACUACCAUCAUCCUAUGACGCAGCAAACUCUUGGUCAGGCUACCGCCUCGAAAUUUCCUCGCUCCUCCCAACAGGCUCCCCGCACCAGCGGAGGCUGGGCUUCGUCCAGAAUGCACACCAGCAACUACCCCCCACCGCCUUGGGAUGAGCCUGGCCCUACAACGUGGGCUCCAUGCCCGGUUCACUUUGACCACCCAGAAUCUCCGACCCACCAUGAAGACGACAGUAGGAUGGGCGUUUGGUACACCAACGAAGUUCUCCCUUCCACUUCAGCAGCUCACAGUUCAUUCCCACAAGGGGGCAGCACUAGUUUCUAUAAACAGGCCUCUGGGCGUAUGGUCACAGCCGGCCAACAGAAACCGGCAAAAACUAUAACAGCUCGCAUCACAGCGCAACCAUUUGUUGGUAAGCGUAUACGCGGCAACCUCCAGGUGAUGGGUGUGGCGCCGCCCAUGACCUCCAUUGUCGUAGAACGCCAUCAACCUAUUACACAGCACGCUAUUGGUCAAGCUUCUGCUCGCCCUGCCCAACUGGGUCCCCGCACUCCUACUGUUGUGAAGACUUCCUCCAGAACAAACACCAACACUUGUAAUGUACCCUCUAUCAAAGUAGUUGAUUAAUUACAUAAACGUACACACACACCUCACAUAAACCAGCAUUGUCGAGAUGCAGGAUUUGACUUACUAUGCAACGACUCUGAGUAUUACUGCAGAUGUUGCUUUACAAGUUUUUAGUUUUUUUUAUAGGUAUCUUGAAGUUAUGUGUGAGUUUUCCUUCCUUUUGUGAGAGGCAAAGGGAACUUGAGCAAUUAUUCUUCAGAGACUCACUGAAGUUUGUGGUCCGAUGCACACGUAAAUUAUCAGCGCAGUUUUCAAAGAUUUUUUUUUAAGCUGCAAGUUAACUUUAUUAUUCAGGAAAAAGUGAAUGUAUAAAGACAUAGCCUUCUGUACAUCAAAACCAAAGGCCUCCUGUUUGUAUAUGAUCGGGUGCUUUCUUUUUACAAAAUAAAUUAUUUUGGAGCAGUCUUUUUAUAGAA